ACGCUCUUGGAGAAGAUGGGAGAUGGUGCCUUCAGCAAUGUCUAUCGCGCAAAGGAUAAUACUGGCCAGUGGGGAGAGGUGGCCAUUAAGGUUGUGCGAAAGUUUGAAAUGAACUCUAGCCAAGUAUGUAUCGCCCAGACCGAGAACCACUUGCAUUCACCCAUCCAUUGCAUUAAUAUCUCACUCCCCUUCCUCCCCUCCCCCCUUAUUCGUCGUAACAGAGGUUGGUGUAUUUGGAUUUUGCCAACACAAUGCCUGGUGUAGGGCGACGACCACAUUCAUCCGGAUUUCAAGAAGGCACCAAAAGCAGUGGAGGUGCGAUCUCAUCACAGUGCAGACACUCAAAUCCUCCCCCAACCAAUUCCCUGAGUGUCGGCCUGUAUCCACUCCCUUAGUUUUUGAUGGACACUGACGUAAUACCCCUUAGAGAGCGAACAUCCUCAAGGAAGUGCAAAUUAUGCGCCAACUUGAUCAUCCCAAUAUCGUCAAGCUCGUUGACUUCCACGAAUCUCGCCAAUACUACUACAUCAUCCUUGAGCUUUGC